UCACAGAAUGGCCUCCGACACCCAGGCAGCCCCUGACGUGUCGGGGAGGAGCCGUGCGCGGAGCUGCGGGCAGUGGAGCUCAGGGCUGCGGAGGGGAGCAGAGUGGAGUGGCUGGGCGGACCUGGUCAGGCCAGCGGAACGGACACGGCGGCCGACCGGCGGCGAACAUGCGCUUUUGACACGUUGGAGGCUUUCUUGAUCAUGGAUGGUGAAGAUAUACCAGACUUUUCAAGUUUAAAGGAAGAAACUGCUUAUUGGAAGGAACUUUCCUUGAAGUAUAAGCAAAGCUUCCAGGAAGCUCGGGAUGAGCUAGUUGAAUUCCAGGAAGGAAGCAGAGAAUUAGAAGCAGAGUUGGAAGCACAGUUAGUACAGGCUGAACAAAGAAAUAGAGACCUGCAAGCUGACAACCAAAGACUGAAGUAUGAAGUGGAGGCAUUAAAGGAGAAACUAGAACAUCAGUAUGCACAGAGCUACAAGCAGGUCUCAGUGUUAGAAGAUGAUUUGAGUCAGACUCGGGCCAUUAAGGAGCAGCUGCAUAAGUAUGUGAGAGAACUGGAGCAGGCCAAUGAUGACCUGGAGCGAGCAAAAAGGGCUACAAUAGUUUCACUGGAAGACUUUGAACAAAGGCUAAAUCAGGCCAUUGAACGAAAUGCAUUUUUAGAAAGUGAACUUGAUGAAAAAGAAUCUUUGUUGGUGUCUGUACAGAGGUUAAAGGAUGAAGCAAGAGAUUUAAGGCAAGAGUUAGCAGUUCGGGAACGACAACAGGAAGUGACCCGAAAGUCGGCUCCCAGUUCUCCAACUCUUGACUGUGAGAAGAUGGAUUCUGCUGUCCAGGCUUCCCUCUCCUUGCCAGCAACGCCUGUUGGCAAAGGAAUGGAAAACAGUUUUCCUUCGCCAAAAGCUAUACCAAAUGGUUUUGGAACCAGUCCACUAACUCCUUCUGCUAGAAUAUCAGCACUAAACAUCGUGGGGGAUCUCUUACGGAAAGUAGGGGCUUUAGAAUCCAAAUUAGCAGCUUGCAGGAAUUUUGCAAAGGACCAAGCAUCACGAAAAUCCUAUAUUUCAGGGAACGUUAAUUGUGGGGUGAUGAAUAGCAGUGGUGCAAAGUUCUCACGAUCAGGGCACACAUCUUUCUUCGAUAAAGGGGCAGUAAAUGGCUUUGAUCCAGCUCCUCCUCCUCCUGGUCUGAGCGCCUCCCGCCCAUCAUCAGCACCGGGUAUGCUGCCUCUCAGUGUGUGAGUGCCCGGCCUCCAGGUGGGGGCCCCUGCCCUCCUCCAGCAGCCCAGACACCUACGCCUCGCCCCUCGGUGCCUGGGUCCAGCCCCGUGCCCCUCCGUCUGCCUCUCUACCACUGGCAGAAGGCAGGCUGCAUGCAGUGGCGGCUGCUGGGCCCUGCCCAGCCCCAGGACUCUGUGCGAUAUCAAUACUGGCUAUUUUCUCUUCUUGCCGUAGUGCCGUUGGUUUCACAUGAUUGCACUUUUGUGGGUCACAAGUGAUACAUACGUGUAUUACUCGGUCACUGGAUGUGGAAGUACCCGUUCAUCACAUCUGCCUCAUAGCCCCCAUUGCUGUGCUGAUAUGAUUUAGUUGUGUUUAGGACAUUACAGAUCUUCUAGAAGUUCUCCUUCAAUCAGGUUGACAUGUACUCUUUAAGCUCCCACCCAAGCAUCUUCAGCGCUCAUAAUCAUGUGUCCCCAGUCUUACUCCUUCAGUUCAGGCCUGUUUCUGGUGAAGAGUCGGGAAGGUUCCUGAACUAGGGAGCUUUGUCUGUACCUUCUGACUGUGUAAGCAGAUCAUUCCAUAGGCUUGCUUCUCAAAGCAGUGAGAUGCCUGUCUGAGCCACAUGAGGCAAGAGCUUCUGGAGGAAGGAGCCUGGGCCUUCUGGGACUGAGGUCUUGUGCUGCUGUCUCCUCCGUGUGCCUCAGACUCAGGGGAGGCAGGUGGCAGCCUCCUAGCCAGCUUUCUGGUCCCUCAGUUCAAUGACAUCUCAGAGCAUUUUUGUUUUCUCUUCUGAAGGUCCGUCCAGUUGCAUUGGGAAGGGUUGAGGGGCCUGACUUUGAGGCUGGCUAGUGCCAGCUCUUGGGGGCAGACUGGCCAGAAGUGGUUGUCCCUUGCAUUCUUUGAUUAUUCUCAUGCUGCACUUACUGUUUACAUUUGUUUUAUUGUAUAUAGGUUUGUAAACAUUAUUGCCUAAGAUAUUUGUAUAUAACUUGGGCUUUGUAGCUUUUAUUUAUUCAGACAUAUAUGGCAUGUUAAUGACUUAUGAUGGUGUCCUACUCUGGGCAGCUGUAUAGGAUCAUCAUGUGGUUAAAAGAAAAUACUUCCCCUCCCCCCAAAACAAUCUUUUAAUGUGGAAACAAUAAAUUUCACAGAAAAAAAAAA